AUGGUGGAGGGCCCAGGCUGCACUCUGAACGGAGAGAAGAUCCGCGCCCGAGUCUCCCGAGGACAGAGGGUACUUAAGAUGAGAGGGAGCCAGGUGACGCACACGACUCAGCCUGGGAAGAGCCCGUUCUGCAGUCUUCAUGGAACCCAGUUCAGCGGAGUGGAGACUCUGGGCAAAGAGCUCUUCAUGUACUUUGGACAAAAGGCUUUACGAGUGCACUUUGGUAUGAACGGCUCCAUGCGCAUUAACCCCAGUGUGCAGAAAGAGAGCGACCAGGCCCCAGUGCUGCAGGUCUGCCUGAGCAGCGACACCGUCUGUUUCUUCCACAGCAGCGUAGAGAUCAGGGGGACAGAGGAGUGUGAGCAGAAGGUGCUUUCCUCCUCACACCUGGAUGUCUGCUCCCCACUCUUCAGCCAGCCCCGGUCUGAGGAGGCUGUGAAGGCCCAGAGGUCCCGCAUGCUUUGUGACGUGCUGCUGGACCAGGCCGUCAUGCCCGGAGUGGGAAACAUCAUCAAGAACGAAGCCCUGUUUGACUCUGGCCUCCACCCAGGCGUCAAGGUGCAGCUGCUGACGGACGAACAGAUCCACCAUUUGGUCCGGAUGACACGAGACUUCACACUCCUCUUCUACAAGGUUUGUCGACUUGUACAACUGUUUUGA